AUGAUACACAAGCACUGUUUUGAAGUGCAAGGGGGAUUUGCUAUGAUUAUAUUCCACAAUCCUUUGGGUGCUGAAAAAAUAUUUGGUGGUAAGACCAUUGUCUUUGGUGGUGAUUUUAGGCAAAUAUUGCAUGUGAUACCCAAAGGUAUAGGGCAAGAUAUUGUCUCUGCCACCAUAAAUUCAUCUUACCUUUGGAAUAGUUGUAAAGUGCUUAGGCUGACAAAGAAUCUCCGCUUAAAUAGGAUAGACCCUUGUGUUUAUCUACAAAAAGUUGAAGAUUUUGCGAACUGGAUUGCAUCUAUCAGAGAUGGAACAAUUGGGGGUCCAAAUGAUGGUUGUGUAGAUGUUAACCUCCCUCCUGAAAUGUUAUUGUCCUCUAUCAGUGACCCGAUAGCUACAAUUGUCAAGAGUACAUUUCUUAUGUUUAGGAAUGGUGAAUGCGAUCACAACUACUUGCAAAGUUGCACAAUCCUAGCUCCAACCCUUGAUGUUGUUAAUCCCAUAAAUGAUUAUAUAAGUGAUUUGCUUGUAGCCGAGAGCAAGACUUACUUUAGUUGCGACACUGUUUGUAAGUUUGAUUCAAGCAAUGGUAUCCUUGUAGACAUGCACACUCCUGAGUUUUUAAAUGGAUUGCGAGCAUCCGGCAACUCCUCAAACAACAACCUAUUCUCAACCAAUGAUGUAUCCUUAAAGUUCGGUAAUGGUAUUUGA